AUAUAUAUUGAAGCAUAGAACAAAUCUAGGUUUAGUUCUGUUUCGUGCUUUCACAUCCAUCUUUAUCUCUAAAAAAGCUGACAAAAUUUAAUCAGAUUUUUUAGCACAUUGUAGCGUAAAUGACUUAUUCCACUCAAACAAUGUGGUUGGAGGAAGGUGAAAAAAUGAUGGCAAUGUGGCCAGACGUUGUUCGUGAUAUCAAAGAAUCGAUUACGGAUUUGGACAUUUUAGAUGUUUCUAAAUGGAUGGAAAAGGUAUUAAAUUAUAAUGUCCCCAAUGGAAAGAAAAUGCGUGGCUUAAUAUCAAUUUAUACCUAUAAGUCGCUAGUACCUAAUGAACAAUUGUUAGAGGAUGAUGUUCGUCGAAUACACAUUUUAGCAUGGUGUGUAGAACUGAUGCAAGCAUAUUUCAUCAUAGUCGACGACAUCCAAGAUCGAUCAUUACUUCGUCGAGGUCAACCAUGUUGGUAUCGGUACAAUGAUAUAGGUUUAGGAGCAAUCAACGAUGGUUUGAUAUUAAUGAGUGCUAUGUUUUAUCUUAUUCAAAAAUACUUUAAAGAAAAAGAAUACUACGUUAAUUUACUAGAAACCUUCCAAAAUAUUAUAUGGAAGACAGUAAUCGGUCAAAGUUUAGAUUUGAUUUCUACUAAUUUUGGAAAGAAGCCAAAUUUGAAUCUGUUUACCAUGGACCGGUAUAAUUCCCUUAUUAAGUACAAAACAGCGUAUUACUCCUUUUUGUUGCCAGCAACGGCAGCAAUGCAUAUGGCUGGAAUAAAAGACCCAGAGAUAUUUAGGCAAGCAGAAACAAUUUUACUAGAAAUGGGACAUUUAUUUCAAGUCCAAGAUGAUUACUUAUCUUGUUUCGCGGAUUCAGAAAUCUGCAAGGAUAAUACUGAUAUACAGGAAGGAAAAUGUACGUGGUUAGUUGUUGUGGCUCUUCAACGCGCCACUCCGGAACAGCGUAAAAUUUUAGAAGAAUGUUACGGAGUUUCGGAGCCAGAGAAAGUAAACCGCGUGAAACAGCUUUUCACCGAUCUGGAUUUGCCGAACAUAUAUUCCAUUUACGAAGAAGAGACAUACAAUCUUUUAAAUGUUCAUAUACAGCAAAUGUCACCCGGGCUUCCACAUAGUCUUUUUUUUAAUUUAUUAGACAGGGUUUAUCACAGAAAAUCAUAAAAUAAAAUAAUCGUGUACAUUGAAGAAAGAAUUUGUGUCGGAAUAAAUAUACAAAGAAUAAGGAAAGUAAUACUUAGUUUUAAUCGGUAGAGAGGAAACAAUUAAAAAAAAAAAUACUUAUUUAGAAGAUGCUGUUGUCUGUUUUGUGUAAUUUUUUAGAAUAUGUUGCGGGUAAAAGAGAAGCGAAAUGAAAGAAAAAUGAAGAAGGAAACAGAAGAAAUAAAUUUAAAAAAAAGACCGUCUUGCUCACGGUUUUUGACCGUGGUUUCCCGUGAGACAAAGGGCGAAUGCCGAGACGGGGACAGAGGAGCCCAUAGAGGGCGAAAGGGUCCACGGGAAGUUACUUCCCCCAUGUCUGAAGAUGAAGAAAGAAGGGAACAAAAAACAGCGAAAUAGGAACUCUGGGAAGAGAGGAGAAAAUAAAAGAAAAUGGGUAAACGGAGAAUGAUUUGUUUUGGACAGAAGAAGCAAGAAGUUCUCAAGGAAAAAAAAGGAAAGGCAUGUAAAAGCGAGGAAAUAGGAUUAAGAAUAAUAAAAAAGUUGUAGAAAGAAAAGAAGUUGGAUUG